AGUCAGUACCUUCUCCGUUGUGUGUGCAUCUUUUUUUUUAUUUACAAUCAAACAUUAAUAUAAACAAAAUGGCUGUGAUCAAGAAAGACACACAGAUGAUGCCUGCUUUAGCUGAUCCAGUGGCUUUCAUUAAGGAUUUCAUGGCGGGUGGUAUUUCUGCUGCCGUGUCCAAGACUGCUGUAGCUCCAAUUGAACGUGUUAAAUUGUUAUUGCAAGUGCAACAUAUUUCCAAGCAAAUCAAACCUGAAGACCGAUACAAAGGUAUUUUGAGUUCAAAUAAUAUUAUUUAAAUUAACUUCAGUUGACUGAGAGUAGAUACUUGAUGAGUUUUUAUUUAAUGGACUGUCAUUUUUAGAUUACGAUUCAGAGCAGAGAUAGGAAAAGCCAUAAUUGAUCUAUUAUGGUUACAUUAUGUUCAAGUAUAGGUCUGUUAAAAACACAAUUUUUAGCCUAGCUUGGAUUAAAAAAAAAAUCGCUUUAUAUUAUUUACAAUUAAAACAUUCUAAACAGUUUGCGUUUAUUGUUGUUUAUAACACAAAUAUUAUACGUUAUAACGUUAUAACGUUUACGCUUAACGUAGGUAUAUAGUCGAUAAUUGUUAUUAAGAUAGUGAAGGUAGCUAAUUUAAAAUUAAAACGUUUUAUUACGUUUACGUUAUGCGUUAUUUGACGUGAUCAUUGUACAGACUUAAUAAUAUUAAUUAUCCUCUAUUAAUUUGUUUACUUUAUUGAUCGCAAUAAAUUCAAACAUAAAAUGCACAAGUAAAUCAUAAGUUAAUGAAGUAGCCAAGUAGGUACCUUUAUGAUCUCGUAAUAUUUAUUUAAUACUUGGUAAUUACUUCCUGUAGUAUCUAAUUUGUCUUUAAUAUAAAAGUUUAAAAGAUGUUUUUAAAUCAUUCUUUAAUUUGCAUUAACUAUCUAUGUGUUGUUUCUAAUAGUAUGUAUUUGCUUAUAAUAACAUCAUAUUGUUUAUAUUAACAACAUAAAUUAUAUUCUCUAUAUUUUUAAUUUUCUUUAGUUUUUUUUAUUGCUACAUAGGAUUUUGUUUUCUGGUAUUUUAGGUAUAUCUUUUUCCGUUGUAGCUACGCUUACAAAGUUCAAUCGAUUUUUUGUAACGAUAUCAUCGUAUUUAUUUAGUUAUACUACGUUAUAAACUUAUAAACCUAUAAUCACAAUGUUAAUAGAAUAUUUGUAGUGACACAGGCUUUUAAGACAUUUUGUGCUCAAAACCUUUUAUAUAACAGCCAAUAGGUAUACCUACCUACCUAAAUAAAUAGGUAUCAAAUUAUACACGGAUGAUACUUUAGUAAAACAUUUUUUGUAAAUUCUCAUUUUCACGCUAUGGAAAUCUGAAAAAGUGAGAAAAAAUUCAAACAAGCGUUAAAAUUGUAUUUCUGAAAUUUACUCGCACUACCAUUUUUUGAAUGUAAGAAUGUUUCCAAUAUCUCACAUUAUUUUCUAAUGUGUACCUAUAACCCGAUUAAAAAGAUACACAAUAUAGGUAGGUACCUAUUUAUAACUAUGCCUAUUAAAAUUAAUACAAUUUGAUUAUGGCUAGGUAUGGUGGACUGUUUCAUACGUAUUCCUAAGGAACAGGGAAUAUCAGCCUACUGGAGAGGAAAUGCGGCCAACGUGAUUAGGUACUUCCCGACUCAAGCUUUGAACUUUGCCUUCAAGGACAAGUACAAGCAAGUAUUUUUGGGCGGUGUAGACAAAAAUACACAAUUUUGGAGAUACUUUGCCGGUAACUUGGCAUCCGGUGGUGCUGCUGGUGCCACUUCUUUAUGCUUUGUAUAUCCAUUGGACUUCGCUAGGACCAGGUAUGAUUACAAUGUACAUAAAUAAAUAAUUAUCCUUAAAAGCUCUAUAACAUUACUUUGUUAAAACUGAUUUCUAAAUACUUAUUUUACAAAAGAUUGGCCGCUGAUGUUGGAAAAGCUGGAGCUGGUCGGGAGUUUAACGGUCUUGGAGACUGUUUGACAAAAGUAUUCAAAUCUGACGGAAUAGUUGGUUUGUACAAAGGUUUCGGUGUAUCCGUUCAAGGAAUUAUCAUUUACAGAGCUUCGUACUUUGGAUGCUUUGACACUGCCAAGGGAAUGUUGCCCGACCCAAAAAAUGCUGGUUUCCUAUUAUCGUGGGCUAUUGCUCAGGUACAUUAAACAUUAUGAAUACAUAAAUAAUAAUUUAGUUUAUAUGAGGUAAUAAAUAUAUAAAAGUGGCAACUAGUGGUGGAUUGUCGAUUUUUUCGGUCAGUUAAAUAUGAAUCAAACCGACUGGCAGAAAUCAAAGGCGCAAAUAGAAUAAAAUGCUGGCAGUGCUAAAACUCAAUGCAUUAUAGUGAAACGCGAAGGGUUUCAACCCAAUUAUCAACUAAAUCGUCAAUUAAAUUAUGUUGUAUGAUUAUCAAAAUAUAUUGCAAAGUUUAAACAUCAAACAAUUAUGUAAAUUCUGGGAGUACCAAUUUUAAAACUGGAUGUUUUAAGCAUUCCUUCCCCCUAUUUAUAACCAUACCACAAGAAAAAAAAUGUGACAAAUUUAGGAAAUUUUGCUUUUUAACAAAAAAACCUUAGAAGAUUUUAUCAUAUACAACAAAUACAAGUAUACAUAGUAGAAGGUUUUAAAGUAGGCAGGUAUCUAAUUUUUUUAUUCAAUACCUACUGAAUUAAUUUAAAUAUUUAAUACAAUAUUAAGUUCAUUUCAAAUGGAAAAAUUAAUGGUUAAAAUAUUAAAUAUCUAAACCUAUAUUUGAUAACAUAAUUUCCAAUCUUGCGCAAAGAUAAUUAAACAUUUAUCUAAAUAAGAUGAAAGAUAAACAAUUUUAAUUUUAAUAUAAACAAAACGUUUUUUUAUCAAUAUUAAUAUAAUCAAGGCGCAGCCCUCCCUCCCUUUCACAGAUACAUAUCUGAAAGAAACGCGGAUUAACAUAUAAAAUAUACAAUAACGACUAACGUUUAUAUAAAUAUAUACCAAUACUAUUUUGAAAAAUCAGUACAUUGUGCAUUUAUGUUAACUAUAAUAUUUAGAAUUAAGUAGAUAAAGAUCAAUCAAAAUAUCAGUUGUGCACUUAUGUGUGUGUGCAUGAUAUGGGCAUAUGAGCUUAUUACGAAUAAUGGUCUAUGGACUAUGAUAUGCACAACAUUAAAUUCCAACCAUAGAACCCGUAUCGGGCCGUAUAGAAUAGGAAAUUACUUGAAUAGGCGAAAAAUUAUUAUUACUUUAUAUUUUUAACUUUGUUCUAUUUAAUUUUUGGAAGGAAAAAAUAUACCUAACAUUUAUUUAUCCUGAUAGAUUAAAUUAGAUAACAAAUUCAUCAGAUUAUCAAUUUUAUUGAUUACUUAGAUAAUAUAAAGUAUAAUUAAUUAUUUAUCUAGAUAAUGUUCAACACUGAUAAUUUCUCUAUAUAAAACUUACUUUCAUUUUCCAAUUAUUCGACUGUGUAACGCAUAAUAUUAUCGUAAAACACUAUAAAACCGUAAUUUGAUUACUAUCAGUAUUCAAAAGAAUUUUAUAAAUUUCUUAAUAAUACAAUGGCCUACACGAAGACUAGGUCUUCCGGAAAUUUCCCGGUUUCUCAAUUGACCAAACUACUCCUGGUGGGAAAUCUAUGAAGAUUGAUUUUAUAAUUUUUAAUAGUUACACAACGUCAAAUAAUCGAUUCAACAUGUUAACAAGAUAACAUUCAAAUUUACAAAAAAGACACUUAAGAAUCUUUAGACUAAUAAAUUUAAAAAUAUGUGUGGGAGUAGCCCAACAAUUUAAAAAAAACCGUAGGUUGCUUAGGUACCUAAAAAUUAUGUUUCUAAUAUAUUUUGAUUUUUUUUUUAGACUGUGACAACUGUUGCUGGUAUUGUUUCCUAUCCCUUCGAUACAGUUAGGAGGCGUAUGAUGAUGCAGAGUGGUCGUGCUAAGGCUGACGUCAUUUACAAGAGUACUCUUCACUGUUGGGCUCAAAUUGCAAAGACAGAAGGAACUAAUGCUUUCUUUAAGGGAGCUUUCUCAAACGUAUUAAGAGGAACUGGCGGUGCUUUAGUGUUAGUGAUGUAUGACGAAAUCAAAGCUUUCCUUGUCUAAGAUAAAUUCCAUUGUAUAGUAACCAAUUAGGAUGUAAAAAUGAAAAAAAAAUAUACUGUUGUUUUCGGCCAAUUUGCUCAGACGCUUAGGAAAUUGACUGAAAUACUUGUAUCAUUAAUAUCUGACUUGUUAUCGUGUAAAUAAAGGGAAAAUUGUUACUUAAUGUUUAUGGUUUUAUUUUUUUUAAACUAAAAAAUAUUCAUAUAGAAAAAUAGUCUGAAGGACAUGGUGAUACUUUUUCGUUUUUGUAAUU